AUGGGGGAGAAAGUUCCUAUCAGAACUGGCAGUACCGGAACGAAUCUAAACAGAGUUCCACAUCUAUGGCUCUCGCAACAACAGUGCAGAGCAACGUCUUCCUGGGCUCCCGUGAGAAUGACUCCCGGUGAUUUUAUCCUGAGGCUGCUCUUCCUGGCCCAGACUGGGAUUGGGGUGGUGGGGAACAUCUUUCUUCUCUCAGCUUACGCCCCCACAUCCUGUGCCGGCCACGCACGGAGGCCCACACACCUGAUUCUCUCCCACAUGGCUACGGCCAACUUCUUGGUCCUUCUCUUCAAGGGGAUCCCCCACAUGAUGUUCAUCUGGGGGGUGACACCCACCCUGGGCAAUGGGGGAUGUAAACUCUUGCAUUAUGUCCCCAGAGUGGCCCGGGGCCUUUCUCUCUGCACCACUUGCCUCCUGAGCCACUUUCAGGCCAUCACCAUCAGCUCCAGAGCCGGAGGGCGGGUGGGGUCCAAAGACCGAGUUUGGAAGAACGUCAAUUUCUCCUGUGUUCUGUGUUGGGUCUUUAACUUGCUGAUAAAUGUUUUCAUUCCCAUCCGUGUGGGGAGCCUUCCGCAUAACCGCAGUUCUCCCACUGUACUGGACUAUGUGCUAUGCUCUUUUGAAAAGUCUGACACUUCUGUCCCAACGGGAGCAUUGUUCUUGACAUUCCCGGAUGUUGUGUUCCUGGGGCUCAUGGCCCGGGCCAGUGUGCACAUGGUGCUUCUCUUGUACAGACACCACCUGCGAGUGAGGCACAUCUACACCCACAGCAACUCCCACGGAUUCUCCCCCGAGGCAAAAGCCACCCGAACCAUCCUCCUUACAGCGGGCACCUUCCUUUUUGUUUAUUCCAUCAAUUCUUUUCUUGUCCUUUAUAAGAACGUCUUCUUCAAAUCAUGCCUGUGGCUGCAGCAUAUGACUGCUUUUGUGGUCACCUUUUACCCCACUGUCAGCCCGUUACUGGUGCUUGGAAAUCACCGAGCACCAAAUUGCUGCUCUGAAAUGCCGAGAAAGUAA